AUGACACUCCCAACCAAGCAAUGGGCCCAAGUAGUCGAAAAGAAAGGCGGUCCCCCCAUUUAUAAAGAAAUUCCUGUCCCCACGCCAGGACCAGAUGAGAUCCUUGUCAAGAUCCGGUACACAGGUGUAUGUCAUACGGAUCUGCAUGCGAUGAAGGGUGACUGGCCACUACCACUGAAGUUGCCGUUGGUAGGCGGACACGAGGGGGCGGGGACGGUGGUGGCGAAGGGUAAUUUGGUGACAGAUGAGGAGUUCGCGAUUGGUGACCAAGCCGGCAUCAAAUGGUUGAAUGGCUCGUGUAUGACGUGCGAAUUCUGUCGGCAGGCAGAGUUUCCGUUGUGUCCGAAUGCUCAGCUGAGUGGAUACACGGUUGACGGCACGUUUCAACAGUAUGCAAUUGGGAAGGCGGCUUUGGCGUCCAAAAUCCCUCCAAAUGUUGCCUUGGAUGCUGUGGCUCCCAUUCUGUGUGCUGGCUUGACGGUGUAUAAGGGGUUGAAGGAGUCCGGUGCUAGGCCAGGACAAACAGUCGCUAUUGUCGGUGCCGGCGGUGGGUUGGGGUCAUUGGCUCAGCAAUAUGCGAAGGCUAUGGGAAUUCGGGUAAUUGCGAUCGACGGUGGGGAUGAGAAGAAGGCGAUGUGUGAGAAGUUAGGGUCGGAGGCCUACGUUGAUUUCACCAAAUCCAGCGACGUGGUCGCUGAUGUCAAGGCUGCCUCUCCAGAAGGCCUCGGCGCCCAUGCUGUCAUCCUGCUCGCCGUUGCUGAAGGUCCCUUCCAGCAAGCGGUGGGAUAUGUGCGCUCGUAUGGCACCAUCGUGGCUAUAGGACUGCCCGCUGGAGCGUUUCUCAAGGCGCCCGUCUUCGACACAGUUGUUCGCAUGGUCAAUAUUCGUGGCAGCUAUGUUGGAAAUCGUCAGGAUGGGGUCGAGGCUAUUGAUUUCUUCGCCCGCGGUCUGAUCCAUGCUCCAUUCAAGACAGCUUCGCUGAAAGAUUUGCCAAAGAUCUUUGAAUUGAUGGAAAAAGGCAAAAUCGCUGGUCGCUAUGUGUUGGAUGUGCCUCAGUAG